GUGAGGGGGACAGGGCCGGGACCGAGCAGGGCAGACUGCUUGCUGAGGCAUUGAUCGCGUGGGCGGAGGAAAUGGACCGUGGGACGGCGGCGAUCAACGAGGACCUGCGGGGCUGGAAAGAGGUCAAGAGGGCGGAUGCCGAGGAGAAGAAGAAGGCCAGGGCGGGGAGGACGACGACGACGACGUGAUGGUAUUCAUGUCACACUGGGCGGAAGCCAUUGCUUUUACCUACCCCAUGUGGCGGCUUUUUGGAGUGUCUCGCACCUAGGUAUGGUCCUGGCCAUCUUACCCUAUUCGCCGUGGCUUUCCCCUGGCUUUGCUUAAUGGAGUAUGAGGACCAGAGAGGGGAGGGGAGCCAAGGAUAUUGGAAGGGAGAUAUGGACCUUUCCGGAGUUUUUUAUUUUUAUCCCACUCGUCUUCUUCCUUCUUCCCUCACGGCUUCGGAUGGACCUCGGCGGAUUUCCCGACGGUGUUGAGCUAGGGGUUUUAUCUUAUUUUAUUCCACUGCUCCUUCUCGCGCGAAUGGCUGCUUACACGUCCCCGGCGUCAAAAAUGAAGGAAAUGGAACAAAAAAAAAAAGCCUUGCUUGGCUGUGACUCGGAGAUUGGUGUUUUGACGUACGGUGUAUAAUACAGAAUAGUGCAUGCAACUAGCCCCCAUCACGGUAGUGCUGGAUGUAGCAUUCAUACCUUGGCCUGAUCCUUUUCGUGGAGUUGUGGAGAGGAAAUACAUCGUCACCGGCACCUAGGUCGGAAUAUGGUGGUCAUGGAUGUCAUUAUGGUAGUCUGAUGGCAUCUACCUACCUUGGUAGUUGGACUUGCGAGAAGACAAUGAUAAGCAGUUCCUAACAUUCAUCCUAUCUAGCAUUUAUCUGAUGUUUACCUGG